AUGCCCCAAGCUCAAUUUUCACUGCGUUGGCUACCUUGAGACAAAGUGUCAGCUAUAAAACAAAUGGGCAUUUCUUUGAUUUUUGUUCUGAAAUUCUGCGUGUGGAGGAGAUGUAGAGAGCCUAAAUAUACAGCUAGCACUUCAUAAAGUCAUUCAUUUCUAGAAGACUUUGUUCUCCUCUCAUAGCUCUCUUCAGUGUUCCUGGUAAGAGUGUAAGCAACUUGCAAGGAGGGCAGAGCUAUGCUUCUCAUUUCCCUCUCACUCUAGUGCCCAGCUGAAUAAGCCACCUACUUUGGACACUCAAACAUGUUUACAGCCUAGUAACAACACAGUGACAAUUUCUCAAUCCUGUCUUAGGCCGCAACAGCCGGAUGAAACUCAGUGGGAGACCUUACCGACACAUGGGCGUCCUAGGAACAUCAAAGCUCUACGACAUUCGAAGAACCAUCUUUGCUUUCACACCACAGUUCAUAGAUCAGCAACAGUUCUACUUGGCCCUUGACAACAAGAUGAUAGUUGAGAUGCUGCGUACAGACCUUUCCUACCUAUGUAGCCGUUGGAGAAUGACGGGCCGCCCCACCAUCACCUUUCCCAUCUUACAUACCAUGCUUGAUGAAUCCGGAACCACCAUAAAUGCAUCUAUCCUGGCUGCACUCAGAAAAAUGCAGGAUGGAUAUUUUGGUGGGGCAAGGGUCCAAGCAGGUAAACUAUCUGAGUUCUUGACGACAUCCUGCUGUACUCACCUGAGCUUCAUGGAUCCUGGCCAGGAGGGUAAGCCGUACAGUGGCGACUAUGACGACGAUGAUGAUGAUGAUUACGAUGACGGCGAGCUCUACUCGGACAACUGGCCAGAUGACUUAGACUCCUCCAAGCAUG